AUGGAAACGGACGGAGCGCGGCAGGAGGGCGUGGAUUGGACGAGAAUGCCGCCGCACGCUCUGAGGCGGGUCGUCGCCAUAAGCGGAAGGGGCACGGUGGCAGCUCUGCGCCAAUCCUGCUGGCAUUUCUGCACGGCUGUGGGAGAAGCAUGUCGCGAACUGGAUCCACGAGUCUUCGAUGGAAAGACAAUCGGCUGCCGUUUUCCCUGUCUUGAACGUCUCAACAUAAGCUGCUGUGGACAGGUGUUAGGCUCUGGCCUGUCCCAUAUUGGCAACCUUCGCCACCUCCACACACUUAACAUAGGCUCGACAGUAUUGUCGCUUGCAUCAGUGAAUGCACUUGCCUCAUUUUGCGGAACGCUGACGAACCUGGACAUACACGAUGCCCGCAAUGUGGACGACGAUUGCAUCGGGGAAUUGUCAAAGCUUACCAAGCUCAAGGUCUUGAACAUCAGCGGUCUCAGGGAUGUCACAGACAUUGGCUUCUCUGCUCUCAUCAGAACGCUUUCAAAUCUGAGGAGGUUGGAGAUGCAGUGGGCUGGAAUAACUGAUGAUGCAUUCCCUGCUCUUGCACUUGGCGCUACCCAGCUUGAGCACCUUGACAUCAGCUUCAACCGACAUCUGCUUGGACACAAAUUCAGAUCUCUUCAAAUGCUCCCUACACUGAGACACUUAUCCUUGGACAACAACCCUCACCUCACCGAUGAAGCCAUGAUAUGGAUCGCAGGCAUACAAUCGCUUGAAUCUUUGUCCCUAAACUGGGAACGUGAAUUUGGAGAAGGCCUGUCUGCAUUUUGCUCUUCCCACGGCCGCCCCCUCCACAGCCUUUCUAUUCGAACAAGCAGUGUGCUGGAUGCCGUGUGCGCCUUCAGCCUGUUGAAGCUAGAAGGCUUGACAGCCCUGCAGCUGCAUGGCUUUGCAUGGUCAUCCAAUGAGCUCCGAGCGAUGUGCGAAUGUAAUGGCCUUGUUGGGCUCACCUUGCUGGAGAUCAGCAUGGGCAAGCAGCACGUAUCUUCACAAUCGGUGGACAUGUCAUGCAUCACCACCUUCACUGCCCUCAAGCACCUCAGCCUCAACUGGUGCGGCGACCUCAAGGAUGGCAAUCUGAAGAAAUUUGCAAGGAGCUUGACCUGUCUUCGCACGCUGUGUAUUCCACAGAGCCCUUGUAUCACCAACGUGGGCGUUGCCCACCUGUCUAGGCUGUCUGGCUUGGAGGUACUGGACCUGAGUCACAACAGGAAAAUCAAUAACCGAGGCCUAAAAAAACUGUCAAGGACCACCUCCCUCCGCGAUUUGAGCCUGAAGGGUCUGUACAUCACUGACACGGCUCUUUUCGCCAUGAAAUCUCUGAAACGGCUGGAGAGGCUGGACGUGGGGGGCUGUUCCGACAUCACUGCAUGCGGGAUCAUGAGCCUGACGAGGCUUGAAAAUCUAAAGGUGCUGAGCAUGCAGUGGUGCAGCGGGCUCUCGAGAUCCGAAGACCUGGAGUCACAGCUUCUGCGCAGGUCUCGAUCAGUGGGGCUGGUGGUGGAAAGGGAGCCCGUUUUGCCAAACAUGGAUUUUCCGUCGGGAAGGUCCGUUUCAGAUGAGAGCGUCGACUAUGGAUGA